UCACAACGGUCCGACCGGUUGGAGAGAAGGUUUGAACGAACCGCGCAUAAGCUCUCCGGUUCUGAUCCUUUAAACAAAAUAGAAAAAGGGGGGAAGAGAUCCAAUGCGACCUGACGCGUCCAUGACGCCAAACCCUCACAUGAUCCACCAUCUCAGGCCUCCUUCUCUCUCCUUUUCCGCUUAAAAAACGUUCCAAUUCCCUCAUUCUUCUCCUUCAAUCCCCACAUACAUACAGACGAGGACCUUGAAGGAGUUGGAUUCCAGACGACGAUGAGGUCUGCUUCUUCUCUCUUCGCCUCUUUGGGCUACUACAAGGCAUCUCAAGUGGGUCUAUGGUCUGUUUGGCUCUCUGGGUUUCUCUUGAUCAGCCUCUCUCUGUAUGCCUCUCAAAGGCUGCCAUCGCCUUUUAGGGACCACAACAAGAGGCCCAAGGUUGCCACCUACAAUGGAUCUGGAGAUUCAGCAUUUCCCAGUGUUACCAUUUUCUCCGCGCCCAGCCCCUUUGUUGGUUCCGUGGGUGCCAGGCAGGCACUUGCUGUUCGUUCGUGGCUUGCUUUAUCUCCAGAUGUUGUUGUUGUUUUGUUCGGGCAGCAUCCAUCAAUUCUUUCAUUUGCAACCACCCUUGCAUCUCGGGUUUUGGUAGAAUCAACCAUUGAUUUCACGUUUCUAGGCACUCCAUUCUAUCACUCCAUGGUAGCAAGAUCGCGCGCUUCCAGUUCAGACAUUGCCGUUCUGAUUGAUCCUGAGACGAUUCUCUUACCCGACUUCAUCUCUGCAUUGCAUUACACACACAAGCUUCAUCAUGACUGGCUCCUUGUCGCCAGGCCGCGAAAUGUUUCUCACUUCCCUUUUCAUUUGGAUGACACUGGGAAGCACUGGCUCCAAGAGGAUGGUAAACAGAUAAAAAUUGGGAAGCUGCGGGAGUUUGUAAUCCAGAAACAGCGGUGGAGCUAUUGUGGCAGCCGGGUGCUUUUGGCCUGGAAUACAGGAGAGCUACCUUUGCAUGCAGGGGUCCUUCCUCCUUUCUUAUACGGGAAAGGGCUUCAUGACCAGUGGGUAAUUAAUGAGGCACUGUCAUCAGAAAUCAGAUUGGUAUUUGAUGCUAGUGAAUCCAUAUCAAGUUUCUACCCAGAAAGUAUGGGUCUUUGGUCUGACCAGUUCUCUAGGCCUUCUGAGUUGGGAGCAGAUUUUGGGGAGAGAAUUUGGGAGUUUGAUGGUAACUCCCAUCUUGCCACACUGUAUGGAACACUUUACUUGCGCCCAACUAAUAUUUCUAACAACCUAGUAAAGCUUGUCAAGUGUGGCGGUAAAUAUUUGUUCAUCAACGUAGCAGAAAUUGCUUAUAAUACUUUUCAAGGACCAGAUGUCCAUAACGGCCGCCUUCUGCCAUCAUCUGGUAAAGAGCAGGGGAGAUAUGGUUUAUUACGGAUGAGAAGCAUUGUACAAUCUGGCAGAGAGAAGUUGAUGGCUUGCAUAAAGGAUAGCAGUUCAGUAAACAGAAAGUUGGACUGCUCUUCUAUGGAGUUAUCCACGGUCGCUUUUAAAUUUUCGAGACAAUUACCUUUUCCAUUCUCGUUAGAGUCACUCCUCCAUACAGUUGUGGGUGAUGAUAGAUCUAUUGUUCUUGCAGUUGCUGGAAACAGUUACAGGGACAUGCUUAUGAGUUGGGUUUGUCGCUUACGCCGCCUCUCGAUCUCAAAUUUCAUUGUUUGUGCUCUUGAUCCCGAAAUUUAUCACUUUGCCAUACUUCAGGGGCUGCCUGUUUUCAAGGACCCAUUGGCCCCAAGUAACAUCAGUUUCAAUGACUGUCACUUCGGCACAAAGUGCUUUCAGAGGGUGACAAAGGUGAAAUCCCGAUUAGUUUUGCAGAUACUUAAGCUAGGCUAUGAUGUUCUCCUGAGUGACGUCGAUGUUUACUGGUUCAACAACCCAAUGCCAUUUCUUCGCUCCUUUGGCCCUGCUGUUUUAGUUGCACAGUCAGACGAAUACAAAGUGAAAGCACCUAUAAACUUACCCCGCCGAUUAAAUUCCGGAUUCUACUUUGCACGUUCUGAUCAUGCCACCAUUGCUGCAAUGUCGAAGGUGGUGACGCAUGCAUUGUCUUCAGAUCUAUCUGAACAGCCGAGCUUCUAUGACGUAUUGUGUGGGGAAGGUGGUGUUAACCGCAUUGGUGAUGACAGGUGCUUCGAACCAGAAACGAAUCUGACUGUCCAUUUCUUGGACAGAAACCACUUCCCUAAUGGAGGUUACCAAGGCCUGUGGGAGAAACGUAAUGUGACAGCGGCCUGCAUGAAGAAGGGGUGCAUAGUUCUUCAUAACAAUUGGAUCAGCGGGCGGAAGAAGAAGCUCAAGCGCCAAGUGCUGUCGGGUCUGUGGGAAUAUGAUGCCAGCACAAGGAUGUGUUUGCAGAGCUGGCAUGGGACCAAGUCAACCAUUUGUUUCUGAAUUCUGAUUGGUUGGUGAUUUAUGCACAUCCAAGCUUUGGGUUUCACGCAGAAGACAAGAGAAAACAAAGAUGGAUGUCAGCUUAUCUCCAUAUGCAAAUAUUUAAAAGAGGAAAUGCCAAGUUAAUGGUCUUGGUUUCAUCGAUCUUUGCAUGGAAAAUGACAAAGCUCCAAGUUGUUGAAAUGUAAUGAAGUCACAUUCUUAACCCUCUCCCUUCCCAAAGCAUCUGAUCAGAAAGGAAAACAGACACCAGUAAAAGCUUCUUCUUUGGGGUUCUGGAGAUGUUGAAGAGAUAUAUUAAAAUGAUGGGCAUUGUUCAGUAUUGCCACGGAGAAUCUAGUUGGAAGGAGGAAUUUGAUGAGGCUUCAAUGCCUAGAGACACAAUGAGCUCAUGGAAGAAGGGUUCGAGCGUGAGGAUCAUCCAUGCAGGAGGUAUCGUGGAGCUGUAUCAGGGUGUGAUUCGUGCAGCCUAUGUGAUGGAGAAGUACCCAAGAAUGUGUGUUGCCCGGCCGGAAGUCUUCAUACGGCCACAUGAGUCGAUUAUUGGGCCAGAGGAGGAGCUGAUGCCAGGUCAGAAAUUCUAUCUAAUCCCUUGUUCCACUGUAAAGAAGCUGAGAAAGAAGCAUCCGGAGAAGUUACAACAAGUAGGAGGAGAGAAGGAAAUGUUUGAUGGAGAAGACACUAGUGAUGAGUCUAUUUGUUCCGCAAAGGAUUUCUUUGUUUCCAGAGAAAGGUGGUCAAGAUGUUUUCUGAGAAGAAUGGGAGGGAAUGAACAGGAGAAGAAGGUUUUCACACCACCUAUCAAGAAGGCAAGAAUAUGGCAGGGAUUGGCAUGGCAACCCAGCCUGGAUUCUGUAGAGGAGCUGUCUCCGUGACUCAAGUGUCAGGCAAGGGGCUUUUUGUUGCCUCCAGUCUAUAAGUUUUUGUGUUUACAGAGUUUCAACUUUGUAGUAACUGCAUAUGCUUUCUGCUUUCUUCUUCUUCUUCUUCUUCUUCUUCUUCUUCUUUCUUUCUUCUUUUUUUUUUCUUCAGCAUAUUGGCCAUGAAGGAACAUCUGCCGCUCUUUAGUUUAUGAUGAUUGAUUAGUCAUGUUAAAAUCAUGAUAAUAUGAUAUGAUGCUUGUGGAGCCAAAAUACACAA